AUAGUUCACAAUCACCACGUGCCCUCUCGUCGCACGUCCUCACACGAAACCACAAUGAAACUCCUGGUCGCUGUCUGUGCUGUGCUGUCUCUUGCGACAGCUCUUCCUCAGAGGAGAGCGUCGUUGAAACCCGAGCAGCAAAUAGCAGAUGAUCAACAGACAGCCGAACAGAACUAUCAGAACUACCAACCACAACAACAAGAUUACAGACCGCAACAACAGGAGUACAGACAAGCCAAGCCCAUCGAUGACUUCAGACCUAAAGUGCAGUUGGAAACUACCACUUUCAUCCCAAUCAUUCGGUUCGAUAAAGAACAAGGCACCGAUGGAAGUUACAAGACUGCAUACGAAACCGGCAACAACAUUCUAGCUGAAGAGUCCGGUUAUUUGAAACCAGUUGACGAUAGCCACGAUGCGUUGGUCCAGUCAGGAUCUUACUCGUACACCGCACCUGAUGGUCAAGUCAUCACCGUGGAGUAUACCGCUGACGAAUUGGGAUUCAGAGUCAAGGGCGACCAUAUCCCCACCCCUCCUCCAGUGUCUCCCGAAAUCCAAAAGGGUCUUGAUCUCAUUUACGCCGGCAUUAAAGCUAAUCAGGAGCGUGCUGCCAUAGAAGUUAAGAACAACCCUGAAGCAGCCAGAGAUCUUGAAGAGAAAGCAGCGUUGGACUACAAAGGUCAUUACUACCAGCAAUAAACAUGCAGCAGAUUUGUAUAAAACCACAUUUUAAAGAAAAUUCAAAUGUGAAAGUUUCACAAUAAUUAUAAGAUUGUUAUCACUUGCAGCAUUUUUCUGUUAGAAAUAUAGCGUUUUAGAGAGCGCUGUAUCAGCAUUAAAGGGUCAAGCAAAUGAAACCUAAGUAGGUUUUAUAUAAUUGAAUUCCUGAUGCUAUGCUUAACGUUGUAUUUUUAAAGAAUAUCAAAGCUGUACUGCUCUAUAAGCCAUAGUGUUUUGUUGUUAUGAUUUAUGAUUACGUGAUUAAGAGUAUUUGAUUGAUAGAACUUUGGACAUAGAUUCGAGAAGAUACUUGCGGCAAUUAAGGCCCGUUUCCCUGUCAAACUUUACUCACUCUUGCAUUACACUAAUAGAUACACGCUGUUAUUGUGAGAUUGAACAGGAAUAAAAGUGUUUAGCAUGAAAUUUUAAAAGUGGGCCUUAUUAUAAAGCCACUGUUAAUCUCCACAGGUACCUAAAUGUAUAUAAGUUACUGACUGAAGCGUGUUAUAAUUAUAUUUCUGACGUGAAUGUCAAAAAUAAAUCUCGCUAUUGUGAUUCUAUUUGCCCAUUCACAGUUAUACGUGAAGAGAUAUCGCAUCGCAUUUGUGUAAUCAGGAUGUUUCUGUAGAGUAUCACUAUCAUCUAAUACUGACUAUGAUCUAAUCAAACAGCAAAACAUGUGUCGAUUUACAAAAGGAUAGCAAAUUGCCUGUUAAUUGUAAAUAAUUAGGGUUAGAUGACAUCAUUUUGUUACUGUAUUCUUUGAAAAGUGUUGUUACUAAUUGAAAAUGCAAUCCAUAAGUUAUCCCACGCGUCUUAGAAAAAUGUGAUAAAGCUAGCAUAUGAUGGAGUAAAGUAUUUACUAUACUUAUUUCCUAACUUUUGUAUAUACUCUUAUAAUUUAUGUCUAUUUUUGUACGAAUAAAACGUUAUCAUAGUUU